AUGGCGGAAAUGACAAAGGAGUUACUGGUUGCCGCGUGCAAAAAUAACGGCGGCUAUGCGGCUCCUCGCCUCAACGAUCAGUUGUUCCUUCAGUGUCGAGGGUUUCUGCGCAUUGAAAAUCUCGAGGAUUACGUGAACCUUAAGGUCUUGUGGCUAGAGCAAAAUGCCAUCACUGAGCUCACUGGUCUGGAGACGUUGCAGCAAUUAGUGUCUCUUUUUGUUCAAAAUAACACAAUUACUUCUCUUCGUACACUUGCGGUUUUGAGUAACUUACGUGUUCUUAAUGUUUCUCAUAACUACUUGACUUCCCUUGCCGGCAUCGCUCAGUCAUGCGGGCAACUAGAGACACUUCAAGUCUCGCACAACCGUAUAUGCAGUCUGGAUGCCUGUACCGAACUGUGGGAACUUAAGAACACCCUGACCAGCGUGGACCUUUCUUUCAACAAGAUUGAGACGGACGAGGGAAAUCUAGGCCCAGUGGAAUUCUUUACACAUCUUUCAAAUGUGAGUGUAAUUUACCUUCAUGGCAAUCCCACGAUUUGUGGAUUGAAAGGUUACCGGCGUCAGAUGGUUUUGUCUCUUCCUCAGUUGACGUACUUGGAUGAGCGGCCCGUUUUUCCAGAGGAACGCCGUUGUGUGGAGGCAUGGGGUGCUGGCGGAGAGGCGGCUGAGAAACAGGAACGUGCGGCGAUUCAAGAGGAGAAAAAGAAGCACCUGGAAAGUUGCGUGAGAGUUUUCUCUGAUCGUAUGGAAGAGAACCGCGCUGUUCGUGAUAAACUGACGAAACAGUGGGAUGAAAAACGUGCAUUGGAGCUGGAACGUUUGAAGAACAUGCGUCGCGAGUUUCGCACCCAGCAGGAGGGAAUGAUACUCAUGGAAGAGCGCUGCAGGCUUUCUGUGGUUGAUGCCGAAGUGGCUUCGCGUCUUGGCAUCGAGGAGGGCUUCCGCGCCGCAAAGAUCCCCCUGGACGCCUCAGAGAGGGCACACCGCAAAGCCUACGACCACGAGAAGGCGGUCGAAGCCGUGCGGGAGGAAGCGCUUAAAGAGAUUGAAGAGGAAUUUCAACAGCAACAGUCAGAGCAUGAGGUUGCGCAAAAUUCUACUUUUGGUUUGUUGAUGUCUGACGAAGAGAUGCUGCAGGAGAUGGAGGAGGAAAUACUGCGCGUGCUGGAGCCUCUUGGCGGGGCUCAUCAGUUAAGCCGAACGACGUUGAAGAUGACGCGUGCGGUGGAUGCUGUGACCACCCGCCUGUGUGGGGGAAAAAAAUGCUCGGCAUCAUCGCAGCGGCUGCGACUCUGGGAAAAGUUUGCUCUGUGGGAGGAGGGUCGUGUGAAGCAGUAA